GAAAAUUCUUCAGUUGUUGCCGAGCGGCUCUAGAGUGAACAUCGGUGAUCUGUGUAUGUAGUUGUUGUGUUUAGUGCGCGUUUGUGUUCGAUUUAUGACUUGUGCCUAAAUAAAUAAAUAAAUAUGGAUGGAGAAAGCAUGGAUGAUGAGACGGUGGUGGUUUUAGCUGUACAGCUGGCCGCUCUCACAUGUAUUGCCGGCUCACUUUUGCUGUAUCUACUAUGCAAGAUCCGAGGCGGUCGCCGGCUGGAGUACGACGCGGAAUUCACUUCCCUGAACGUCGGCACUGGACGUAGCGUGCUGGUAACAAGUGCCGAGUCAGCAUUCGGCCUACAGCUGGUGCUCCACCUUUCGGCGCUCGGGUUCCGCGUGUUCGCCGGGUUCCGAGCGGGAGAGAGUGGAGCGGCUGGCGCCACGGCAGACGGAUACCACGCGGAGGCGGACUGUGAGGCGGCAAGGGUACUGAGAGCCAAGAUGAAGGCACGGCAGGCUCUCGUUGAGGCAAGGGUGGCGGGGGUGGAAGAAUCGGGGGUGGUGAGGGGCAGUAUUGUCACCCUGCCUCUGGAUGUCAACCGGGAGGAUGUUCUUCACGAAGCGGUCGGCAUCAUCAGGAGACAUCUGCCUGCUGGAGAAGACGGACUAUGGGGAGUGAUCAACACAGCCGGCCUAUGCAUCAAGGGUAAACUGGAGGUCCAGGAUCUGACCCAAUGGGACGCCAUGCUCAAGACUAACGUGAUUGGUUUGCUCAGAUGUGCUCGCACCUUCAUGCCUCUGCUCAGGACUAAGAAAGGUCGCCUGCUGACAAUUGGCACAGGCAUGGAGAUGGGCUCAGGCUGUGUGGCGUACUGCGCAGCCCGCCACGCAGUGGUUGGCGCAUCGGCCGCACUGGCUCAGGAGCUGCACCCUCACGGCAUCCACGUCAUCACCCUGCAGCCAGACACCAUUCCCAGCGAGAAGCUAUUCGCCAAGCCAAAAAUAUGCACAAGUAGCAGCGAGACAAGCUCCUCGGAAAGGUACCUGAAGUGCAAUGUGGAAGUUGUUCCAGCCACCGCUAUGCAAACCAUAGAGGAAGCCCUGUUAACAGUCAGUCCGAAAACUCUCUACCAUCUGGCAUCGCCCUCUCCCCUCUCCAACUACAUCGCCGCCAUUACAGACCGAUUCACACAUGCGCACGACAAGAAAGUUGUCGCUGCUUCCACGCAUAUCUAGUCAGCUGGGCGCCAAAUUCAAUUUAUCUCAAACGGCUUUCAAUUUGGAAGUCAGAGAAUUUUGUUUCAAAAAUGAAAUCUUCAUUCAAAUAGGUUGAGAAAUUAAAAAAAGAAUCUAUGCAGCGAAACUACAGAAUGGCCCAUAAGUCAGUUGACAAGGGGAUAUUAUAGAUUAAGAUUGCUAGCGUCAACUCACUUAUGGGUCAUUCUAUAUUUUGAAGCUGUAGUAAGAUACUGUACACUUUGAAUUGUUGGCAUAUUUUUCGAAUGGAAAGCAUUAAUAGCAUGUAUAAGAAAUGCUAAGGCCCGGUUGCACAAAAGCCGGUUAAUUUUUAACAGUGAUUAGUUUCAAGAGAACCAAUCAGAGAAGGCCUCAUUGAUGAGUUCUGAUUGGUUCUCGUGGAAUUAAUCAGGAUUAAAAUUUAACCGGCACUAAGAGUUUGGAGGGAAUCUCAUUAUAGGAGUCUGAAUUUGAGGAGUCAAAGGAAUCAGAAUUAUGAGGCUUAAAGGAUUUUAAAGGAUUUUAAAAAGUAUUAUUGCUAUCCGAUAUUGGUUGUAAUUUUUUUAUAAUUCGUUCAUUUUUAUUGUACAAAACACUAUAAUAAUAAAAUUAUGUCCAUGGAGGAAAAACUAGGCUGAGCGUGUACCAUUUUUAUCCCAAAUUUUGAAAAGAAGUUUCAAGUGAGAAUGUUUCCUUGAUAGAGAAUGCAAUAUGUUGGUUGUAUUGAAGUUGGAAAAUGAAUUGAGAGACAUUUUGCAAAAAAGUUCUGUAGCCGUCAAACAUCUUCACAAAAACACACUUUCCCAGGUUAUCUGCUCAUGGUGGAAUAUUGAAAUCCAUAAUAUUAUCAGAGAGAGCUAGAGAGAAUUUUACUCCUCUAACAGAAAUUAUGAGGAGUGGGCUAUAAUGUGAAAUUUACUAAUAUUUUUUGUCGCCAGUGAAGCUUCACGUUUGAGAGCAAACUGUUCAAAUUUUAUAUCAUAGGACUUAUCAAUGAAUUUAAUGUGUUUUCAAUUGAGAAUUUGGAUCUUAUGUAGACCUAUGUUUUGAUGGACGAAUUGAAUACUAAGUACAAAUUUACAUCAUUGAAUUCUCCAUUUCAACUCAUAAAUAAAAAAUAUACUCAAAUUUAUGAGUAUUUCAUAAAUUUUGUAUUUUUUUUUUUGCUCCCGUAAGUCACUUUCUCAUUCAUUAAUUCUGUUAUGCUCAAUUUGAAGCCAUAAGGUGACUUAUGGGUUAUAGAAUUAGUUUUAAGAUGUAUAUCCAACAAAUUAUUAUAUAAUAUUAUGUACUGUGUGUGUAUUAUAUUUUUGAAAUUAGUAGAAAAUUUAGGUGCUAUGUAUAUUAUUCUAUCUGUUUCACUUUGAAGUAUGUGCGAAUUUCAACUUUAUUUUAAAAUAUUAUCCAUCUCAUUCAUUUGUAAUAUAUCAUUAUCAUAUUUUUCAAUUACAAUUAAUAGUCAAAUCAUGAAAGAAAGAAAUCUUUAGUUUUAACACAAAAACUUCAAUAACUUCAACUGAAAUCAGUUCCACUCCUAUUAGUUUGUUUGGGAAACAUUGUUAUUAAAAAUUUUCAAUUUUGACAAUUGCCUCAUUCCAAGAACAUAAAUUGAAAACUGAGGUUUCAAUUAAAUUCACAAUUAUUGAGAUCUACCAGAGAUUAAUUUUCAGAUUUGGAAUAUUUUAUUAGCUUGACUUCAUAGUUUUAUCAGAAUUUGAAUAAAAUUGGUAUCAUAUAUUGCAUAAGACAUAUAUCUUCUUUUUGAUUGUUCUAUGAAGUAGCUUCUUUAUUGACUCAGAUCUUCUUCUGGGAUAAUAAUGUAAAUAUUAUAGUCAGUCAUUUAUGACCAGUAUUGUAACAUAGCCUGAGUCAAACUAUCAAACCCCAUGAUGACAAUUGAAUGUAUAUUUAAAUAUUGUAUAUAAAUGUGUCUACUAACAUUCCAAUGCUCAUUGUAAUAUGCAAAUAUAAAGGAAAUUACUAUAUUUUCA